CGCACUCCUGCGGAGGCGGCUGUGCUCAUCCCGGCGGCCAAGAGCUCCAGUGCUCGCAGGGCUCCGCAGAUGGCUUGCCCCGCUCUCGGUCUGGAAGCCCUUCAGCCCCUGCAGCCCGAACCACCUCCGGAGCCUGCCUUCGCCGAGGCACAGAAGUGGAUCGAGCAAGUCACUGGUCGAAGUUUUGGGGACAAAGACUUCCGGACAGGACUAGAAAAUGGGAUCCUUCUUUGCGAGUUGCUGAAUGCUAUAAAACCAGGACUUGUUAAAAAGAUCAAUAGAUUGCCUACCCCUAUUGCAGGAUUGGACAAUACCAUCUUAUUCUUGAGAGGCUGUAAAGAGCUUGGCCUUAAAGAAUCUCAACUCUUUGACCCGAGUGACCUCCAGGAUACGUCUAACAGGGUCACUGUCAAGAACCUUGAUUAUAGCAGGAAGCUGAAAAACGUGUUAGUGACCAUUUACUGGCUGGGGAAAGCUGCAAACAGCUGCGCCUCCUACAGUGGAACCACACUGAACCUGAAGGAGUUUGAAGGACUGUUGGCUCAGAUGCGAAAGGAGACUGAUGACAUUGAGAGCCCUAAACGCAGUAUCCGAGACAGUGGCUACAUCGACUGCUGGGACUCUGAACGCAGCGACUCCCUCUCGCCACCUCGCCACGGCCGAGAUGACUCCUUCGACAGCCUGGAUUCUUUUGGCUCCCGUUCCCGGCAGACACCCUCUCCAGAUGUAGUUCUCAGGGGAAGCAGUGAUGGAAGAGGAAGCGAUUCUGAAUCAGACUUGCCACACCGGAAGUUGCCGGACGUGAAGAAAGAUGAUAUGUCCGCAAGACGGACUUCCCAUGGUGAACCGAAAUCAGCAGUGCCUUUUAACCAGUACCUCCCCAACAAGAGCAAUCAGACAGCCUAUGUCCCGGCACCUCUGAGAAAGAAGAAGGCGGAGAGGGAGGAAUACAGGAAGAGCUGGAGCACAGCCACCUCCCCCCUGGGUGGGGAAAGGCCCUUCAGUUAUCCUGACACGAUAGAGGAGGAGGGAAGUGAAGCAGGGUCUCCCUGUGAAGAUGACCCCAGCAGUCUGAUGGGCCCUGAUGGGAAGCCUGAUGGUGGGUUAGAAGCUCCUCCCAGCAAUGGUGAGGGGCAGUCUCCUGAGGGCGUCGCUGCGGUGCCAGCUGCUGUUUCUGAAGACAGAGACUCCGUGGAAAGCCGAAAGCUCAGAAGGCUGGAGCAAGCUGGGAUCAAGGUCAUGCCUGCAGCACAGCGCUUUGCCAGUCAAAAGCAGUUGAGUAAAGAGAAAGAGGCUAUCCGUGACAUAAUCCUUCGGAAAGAAAACCCUUUCCUGGCCCACCAACAUUGCAAAGAUUCAGAGUCAGAAGAUGAAGCUGCAUGCCGACUGCCUGACCUUGAGAAAGAUGACUUUGCUGCAAGGAGGUCAAGGAUGAACCAAAGCAAGCCAGUAGUACCACUUAAUCAACUCCUGUAUGGGCCUUACCCGAAAAAAGAUAUAGAGAAGACAGGUGGCUGCGAACAGCUCUCAAAGGGACCACCAGACAAGAAAACCCUAGCAUAUAAAAGAGAUCAGGGCCAGCCAGAAGAGGCGAACACAACAGCGGCCCGUGUCAUGCGAACUCAGGAGAGUGAACCAGUGGAAUCAAAUUUUAGGAAGGCACCAGAUCUUCAGAAGGAUGACCUGGCCCAGAGGAGAAUUCAGCGCAGAUGUACCUCUCACCGUGAGGCUCCAAGCUUCAUCAAACUCUCCGGUAUUACAGAAGCCGACCUGGAGACAUGGGAGAGAUUGAAAGUGUCAGAAAAGGCGAGGGAUGGAGAUGCUCAGAACACCUGUGCCCCUGAGCCCUCACCAGAAAUCAAUGCAGAAAUUGCCAUUCGGGAUGACUUUGCCAGCCGUAAAGCAAGGGCCUAUAAGAAAGCAUCCAGCCCCAGGCAAAAGUUUGUGCACUUUGGGCCUGUGACAGAGAUAGACCAACAGACUUGGAAGCGGCUCAGCAUUGGCAAGAUGGGGCCUAGGGACGAUGCGGAGGUUGUCAGUCACAGCAGCCAGAGCCAAACGUCCUCUGUGUCACCUCCCUCUACUGCUACUUUUGGCUUAAAGGAAGACCAAAUGCUUGGCCCACAGAACGACUGCAGGAUAGCACAUACUGGCACAGAUGAUUGUCUCAAAAAGGCCCCAUGGCUGGCGCCAGAGCUGGAGUCUCAGGAAGAGCAGGUCUGCAUUCAAAGUGACAACCCAAAGACAGAGGAAGUUACACCCACACAGCUGCCACAGGAUGGCAGAGAACAAAACGAAGAAAUUAUUGAAAAACAGCCCGAGAUGCUGCCAAGAGUAAAAGGACCAGAGGAAUGCAGCAGACCCCUAUACGGUCCAAGGACUCCUGUGUCAGAUGACGCAGAGAGCACGAGCAUGUUUGACAUGCGGUGUGAGGAGGAGGCAGCGGUGCUGCCGCACAGCAGGGCCCGCCAGGAGCAGCUGCAGCUGAUAAAUAACCAGCUGAGGGAAGAGGACGACAAAUGGCAAGAUGACCUGGCUCGUUGGAAGAGCCGUAGAAGAAGUGCUUCUCAGGACUUAAUCAAGAAAGAGGAAGAAAGGAAAAAAAUGGAGAAGCUAAUGUCCGGAGAAGAUGGGACAAGCGAACGAAGGAAAAGCAUCAAAACUUACAGAGAAAUUGUUCAAGAAAAAGAGCGGAGGGAGAGGGAGCUGCAUGAGGCAUAUAAGAACGCGCGCUCCCAGGAGGAGGCCGAGGGCAUCCUCCAGCAGUACAUCGAGAGGUUCACCAUCAGUGAGGCCGUGCUCGAACGCUUGGAGAUGCCAAAAAUCCUGGAAAGAAGCCAUUCAACAGAGCCAAACUCAUCCUCCUUCCCAAACGACCCCAGCCCCAUGAAAUACUUGCGGCAGCAGUCACUGCCUCCACCCAAGUUCACUGCCACGGUGGAAACCACCAUCGCUCGUACCAGUGUCCCAGACGCCAGCGCGGCGGCAGGCAGUGGGUCUCCAAGCAAAACCGUCACUGCGAGUGCAGUGCCUAUGCUGACACCCAAGCCUUACUCCCAGCCCAAAAACUCUCAAGAGGUUCUCAAGACUUUUAAGGCAGCCUCUGAUGAAUUGAACUGCCAAGAAGAUGAGAAUGGUGACGAGAAGUCAGGGACACAGGAAGUGGAGCCGGACUCAGCAGAGCCACAGCAUUUUACAACAACUGUGACACGAUGCAGCCCAACGGUGGCCUUUGUAGAGUUUCCCUCCAGCCCGCAGGUGAAGAAUGAAGUGCCAGAAGAGCAAGACCAGAAGAAGCCAGAAAACGAGAUGAGUGGGAAGGUGGAGUUAGUGCUGUCACAGAAGGUGGCAAAGCCAAAAUCCCCAGAACCUGAAGCAACCUUGACGUUUCCGUUUCUUGACAAAAUGCCAGAAACCAACCAACUGCAUUUGCCAAAUCUCAAUUCUCAAGAGCUGCCUGGCAGUGCCAGUGUUCCGCUGAGAGUUCAGAACUCUUGGCGCCGGUGCCAGUUUUUCUCCCAGUCAGCGGAUUCUCCAAGCAGUGAAAAGUCCCCUGUGACCACGCCUUUUAAGUUCUGGGCAUGGGACCCAGAAGAGGAGCGCAGGCGACAGGAGAAAUGGCAGCAGGAGCAAGAGCGUCUGCUCCAGGAGAGGUAUCAGAAGGAGCAAGAUAAGCUGAAGGAAGAGUGGGAAAAGGCCCAAAAGGAGGUGGAGGAAGAAGAGCGCAGAUACUACGAGGAGGAGCGUAAGAUAAUUGAGGACACUGUGGUUCCGUUCACUGUUUCCUCAAGUUCUGCAGAUCAGCUGUCUACUUCUUCAUCUGUAACUGAAGGCAGUGGGGCAACGAAUAAGAUGGACUUGGAAAACUGUCCAGACAAGGAAAAAGAGAGAAGACAGAAGACUCCUUCCCAGGAGAAUGACAGUGGCCCCUUGCUCAAGGCUAGAGAGACAGGUCUGCCAGAGGAGGGCAGCAGCCUAACUCAUGGGCCCUCAGCUGACUCUGAAAACUCCGUGGCAAAAGGAAUCCAUCAGGAGCAGCAGCUGGGGACAGAGGCUGAGGCCCCACACUGUGGGACAAGUGCACAGCUAGCUCAGGAUCCACCUCAGAAUCAAAAGAUACCAAACCCAUCAACAAACGUGUCGGAAGAUGUGAAGCCCAAGACCCUGCCCCUGGACAAAAGCGUUAACCAUCAGAUUGAGUCUCCAGGCGAAAGGCGGAAGAAAAGCCCUCGAGACAACUUCCGGGCUGGGCCCCUGUCCCCCUGUUCUCCUACCCCACCCGGCCAGUCACCAAACAGGUCUAUAAGCGGGAAGAAGCUGUGCUCUUCCUGUGGGUUCGCUUUGGGUAAAGGAGCGGCGAUGAUCAUCGAGACCCUGAACCUCUACUUUCACAUCCAGUGUUUCAGGUGUGGCAUUUGUAAAGGACAGCUCGGAGAUGCAGUGAGUGGGACAGAUGUCCGGAUUCGCAACGGUCUCCUAAACUGUACCGAGUGCUACAUGCGAUCCCGAAGUGCUGGUCAACCUACGACACUGUGACGCGGUUGGGAGCUUCCGGAUCACCUAGAAUUUCCUUAUGAAGGGUGUCCCUUGGCAAUGGCUUAAUUAAACCCCAAGUUCAGGGGCUUCUCAGCAUUCAUCUGAUUUCUGGAGGACUCUUCCACACGGUGGAUCUGCUCUUUUUGUAUCGUAGCACAAUGUUUGUGCUUCUUCUGAUUGGGAGGCUGAUUUUCUUUUUCUGCAUUUGCACAGUGUACACAAAAAGAAUAUUGCAUUGCAAUGAUCCUGAACAGUUAACAGUUUUAGCAUGGGCAGAAAGGCUUGUGGUUGAAAAGGCGUUACUCUCUUGUUUGGGAAAAUAGCAAAAGGGUGCAAUAAACCUGUUGCGUUUUAGUAUUUCUAGAAAUUAGACAUGUUAUGUUUACAGAAGUGAGCUGCAGGAAGUGCAAGACAAUGCCAAUUUAAGACAGGAACAUCAAGUGAAUGCAUUUCAGAAAACACACACACACACACACACACACACACACACCAGCAAGCUCUGACUCUGAACUAUAACUUUUUUUUUUUUUUUUAAUGCAAAGACACUAGCCUGAUAAUAUAUACUGUACUCCUGAAAACAUUUGUGUUACUUACCUUUGGGGGCAGAAGUCCUACCAAUAAAUUAUCACACUGUUAGUAUUAGAUUUUGUGUACCCUGGAAGUCAUGUCAUGCAUAGAGGCUGGUCCGUCAAAUGGAGAGGGCCCUUGCAGUGUCUCUAGACUUCCACUCUGCGACAAGGGUAGGAAGAAGCAGGAAGGAAAUAGAUCAGCCAUUGUCUUCAAACUUAUUAUAAAACCUAUGGGAAGGUGUAAUCCACAAGGGUGGUGUGCCAGCGGUAGCCUUGAGGCUUGGGUUGCUUGCUCUCUGCAAGCAUUGGGGGCUUGAUUGAGGAUGUAGGUAUUAGGCAUUGAGAACAGUCCAUUUUUUUUUUUUGUUUUGUUUUUGUUUUUUUUUGGAAUGAGCACGUCUCAUCUUUGCCUGCAAGUUCUCCUUGAGGGACUGACGCCCGGGCAUCCCAAGAAAUGCAUUAGGCCCGUCCUAACAGAACCCCGAGAGCAGGACGUGACAAGCCCGCAAUGCAGCCUGAUCAGUAAGUGGCACCAACACAAGGCAGGCCAUGCCCUGCCCGCUCCCACAGACCUGUGCGCCGCUCCAUCCUCCCACGUUGCCGGCGGAGACCUGGUUUGUUCUCUGCCCCAUGUGAUAUGUUUCAGCUGGACAUGAAAGGAAUGAAGUUGCUAAACCAGCACGAUUUAGCUCUCCAGGCUGUUUUCCUUAAGACGGGGGGUGGGGGGAGGGAAGAGGUAGGGGAACUAUUUAUUCUGCCUUAAAAGAAUGGCAACUAAGUGAAGAUGGCAUUAGGGAAAUGUAGACUAUGGAUACCCUCGAAGUAGGCUAAUGUAGUAUAGACAGAAAGCAAGUAGACGUUUUUCUGUUAUGUAAGCAAUAAUUUUUUUUCUGUGUCUUAUGGAGUAUGGCUAGCAAUUAUUUAUUUCCAUGCUAGACGGUUCUUUGCAUGUGGGUCCCUUACAGGUGCAGACAUCUCCGUGGCCACUUGGAGGUACAUUGGCCACUUUGUCAUUUGGACGAGCUGUUACUGGAUUGAAAUUCACACACCAUUUCAUCAAAAAUUGUGCCUUAGAAAACUGCAGAGCUGUUGCACACAGUGGCAAACGGCAGAUUCCGAACGCCGAAGGGAGAUGAAGUCACUUCCUAGUCCCCCGUGACUCCUCUCGGAGGUGUUCGCUGCUUUACGAGAAAAAAAAAAAAUUAAUUAAAAAAAUUUAAAAGACAAAUAAAAAAAAGGAAAAAAAAUUAAAAAGUAAAAGAAAAGUUUUGAAAAUGUACAGAUCAAGUCCAAUAUUUUGAUGAAGCACCUGCAUGUUUUAUUAACUAUUUUAAUAACGUGGAUGUUUACACUUUGCAUGAUACUAACUAAGUACUUUACAAGAAAUGAUGCACAAAAUAUGUACAAUCCGGUCAUUCAUAAGCGACUUUUAUAGGAUACUUUUUACAUGUGCGAGGCCAUCCGUUAUGUCAGGAGCACAUGAGAACUGCACAUUCUUCUGGUUUCACAAAGCCAUUUAUACAUAUUUCUUAGUGAGACUCAUUGAAGCUUAGACUGGAGUCAAGAGAAAUAAAACCCCAUUCUCCAAGUGCAGAACAUGCUUUCCCGUAAUGAACACUAGUCACCAGCCCGGAAUAAUCUCCAACAUCUUCCAAAUUCUAAUUGCCAACUGUUUCUAUUUCUAUUUGAUUUAUAUUUCAUUUAGAGCCAGUUACAUGGCAGCUUCGGCAGACUAGGUUUCGUCUUUUUUUUUUUUUUUUGUCCAACGCAGCAUAAAAGACUAUGAUCUAUUUCUCUUCAAAUAAUCUUUGAGAUUCCAGGGGAAACAGUGCUCUGUUGUGCGGAGUUACAAUGUAAAUGUGUUUGUUUAAAACCCAGAUGAGGCAAGUGAGUGAUUUAUUGCUCCUGGAGGACUUUGGCUGACUCUCCCCCCACCCCCAGACUCCAGAAGCUUCUUUCCCAAGGACAAAAAUGGGCGACUCUGUUUCUCACUAGCAAACCUUCACGACAUUUGUCCUUCUUCCGGUGUGGUGUCACUAACAUGAUACAUACUCUAAUUACCUGUACAUCCAAAAGAUGCCCUUGUUCUGGGUGGGCGACAUCCCGUAUCCAUUACACUAACUUUCAUUUACAAUAUUUAUUCUAAAAUGCCUCUGAGAAAUAGUUUAAAAAAUUUAAAAAAUGAAAAGUUGUCUAAAAUGCAACAGCUUUUAUAGUAAAUGUACAUUUAUAAAUAAAAUACUCAAAUUGA